UAUGCAAUUGCUAUAGUGGUGCGAGCCCAUCCCAUCUCCCCUGCCUCUCUGCCCGCGUCCCGUCCUCGUCCCAGUCAACCUUUUGCCAAAGUCCAGAAGGCUCAGCUCAGAGGAAGGGGAGAGGGAGGGAAAGGAAUUUCGCCAUUAGAAAAAAGAUAGAAAAGUUUCCAAAUUCUCUUUUCAGUUGGGACAUACAGAUUCCUUCCGACCUCUUUCAACCUGAAUUUUACUCAGCAGCUGCCCUUCUUCUUCUUCUUCCUCCCCAACCCCAAUUUCUGGUUCAAUUCAACCCGUCAAACCCUUCAAACAAGUCUGGGGAACCUGCCUAACCGACCAACUUACCCCUUCAUUCUUUCUUGGUUCUCCACUUCUUUUGCCUUAUAUAUAUGCAUAGACGCGCAUGCCGAUCGAUGAAACAGGGGAAGAUCAAGAUUCGUGUGUUGGGCGGAUCUCGGGUCUGAAUUCUUUGUUGGGUGUUUGUUGAAUUGUUGAUUUGAAGAUGACUGGGCAUUCUGGUGGUGAAAGCAGCAGCACCCGUGAUUUCAUCUGCAACGCUGCGGCUGGUGCCUCCGCUGGUGCUAUGGCGGCCACUUUCGUUUGUCCCUUGGAUGUGAUAAAGACACGAUUACAGGUCCACGGCCUUCCUCCUGGUCACAAAGGCAGCAUCAUAAUCACAAGCCUGCAGAAUAUAGUUAAGAAGGAAGGUUUGAAGGGUAUGUAUCGUGGCCUUUCACCAACUAUUCUGGCACUUCUUCCAAAUUGGGCUGUAUACUUCACGGUUUAUGAGAGACUUAAAGGUCUCCUUCAUUCGGAUGAUGAUCGAGACAGUCAGCUCAGUACCGGAGCAAAUAUGAUAGCAGCUGCUGGUGCUGGGGCUGCCACAGCUAUAUCGACAAAUCCAUUGUGGGUAGUGAAAACCCGACUCCAAACACAAGGCAUGAGGACAGAUGUGGUACCUUAUAAAGGUGUACUUUCUGCUUUGACCAGGAUCACGUACGAAGAAGGCAUCCGGGGUCUAUAUAGUGGAAUUCUACCUUCCUUGGUCGGGGUAAGUCAUGUCGCGAUUCAGUUCCCGGCAUACGAGAAAAUCAAGCAUUACAUGGCAAAGAAAGAGAAUACAAGUAUAGAAAAGCUCAGCCCAACAAGCGUCGCGAUUUCCUCCUCUAUAUCUAAAGUUCUUGCCUCCAUAAUGACUUAUCCGCAUGAGGUGAUACGUUCUCGGCUCCAAGAGCAAGGUCAGGCAAGAAACAGUGUGACCCAAUAUGCAGGAGUUGUCGAUUGCAUCAAGAAAGUUUUCUUGAAAGAGGGCAUCGCAGGCUUUUACCGUGGCUGUGCAACGAACCUACUGAGGACCACACCAUCAGCUGUAAUAACCUUCACCAGUUACGAGAUGAUUCAUCGAUUUUUGCAACAAAUCAUACUUCCAGAGGAGAAGUACUCACAAACCCAGCCAGGACCCGAAAACAAGGGGACAGGAGAUGGAUUGAAUGGUGAAGUCUCUCAGAAGUCCCAGGUCCAGUCAUCAUACGAUGACUCUACGCAAUUAGUACCUUUGGGGAAGAAAGAACAGCUUCCGGUGAGAGGUUAAUAGUUCCUGUUCUCAUUUUCCCCUUCUUUUGUUGUUGUCAUUCCUCUUUCGGGUCCAAUUUGUUCUGGUGAGAGGAAUUUUCCAUGAAAUUGCAGUGGCGCAGGUUAAAUUGUGUAGAGUGAAUAAAUAGCAUGAUGUUUCUUGUUCGAUAAGUUAUCUCAAUUGUUGUCUAGUUCGUGAA